AUGUCCCAGCAAUCGACGACUGAUUCUUUCAAUAACAUUCGGGAAAUGUCGCCGCAGGACAACUCUGCAGGGGAUUCACACACCACUGCCGACAAUGAAAAUGGAUGCUCUGGCCAUCUUGAGAUCGGUAAGGUCAGCCGACUCUUUGAAGUCGAAGGCAAGAAUUUAUUCGUUCAAAUAGCGGAGAAAGUUUCAGAGGAAACAGCCGACGGUCUCUACAUUGAUUUACCAGUACCGGUAUCCAAGGUUCGUCCAUGUGCCUUGGAGCCAAACCUGGACAUGCGAACUGAGGAGUACCCAACUUUUGGCCCAAAAGUUCAACCCGCUACUGAGCCACUGUUUGACUCUAUUGUCAACGAAGUUUUGUGCAGAGGCGAUUCGUUCAGUACUAUUGGGUCGCACAAGGGCCACCAUCACUCAUCCUCAGCGAGAAACAUUGCGCCUCCGGCAAGCGGUGAUCACUCGAUAGAGGAUUGUCCCACAUCAUACAACUUAUGUUUCACCACCGACAAGGCGCUCAAUUCCUUGGACAGAAGGCCUGGGUCUUCUAAUGAUGGCGGUCCGUCAUGUUGCGAGGCACCGGAAAAUACCAAUGGGGUGCCCUCCCGAACGUUCAAGUUGCAAUUGUCCGAAAUAAAUUGGGAAACAUUGGACCAGGGGAUUGGCCCUAAAUACCCUUCCUCAAAUGCACAGCUGGAAGAACGUUUGACACAGGCUAGGAAGCUUGGUUCAGUGGCUGGAAGACAUACAACUCCUGAAUCAUAUUCUCGCAUACUUCAUGCCCCAGUACCCGUCUCCAAGAUCCGUCCUGCUUUCCAUAGUGAAACCGCGAGCAAUCUCCAACACUAUGGACACAGUUCCAUCUCCAAAGUAGGACCAAGUGUGGAAUGUCUACGGCAAAGUCGUCAGAAUGGAAGGUCCUAUUUUAUGACAGACUCGGAUGGCCGCUCCCAGGACAAAGAUAAACAGACUCAGGCCCCAGGCUCACACGGCUCUUCGUGUCACACCCAGACUGCAACCUCCGUGUUCGAUUAUAAGCGCACAACUCAAUGGCUGAAGGAUGUAUUGAGACAUCCCCCAACGCACUCACCAAAGUACACAAGGCGGCCUGGUCAAAAUACUCAAAAGUGUAAUACAUUGCCUGAACUAAAGUCAGUACGGUGUAGCACUGAUUCCUCAAAAUCGCUAGGCAGGUUUUCCGUACCGCCUGAAAACCAGUUGUCAAGAAUUGACCGCAUUGGAUUUAAACGUGCAGUUAGCGACCUAGAGAAACUCUUGAACGAGGCAUUGGCAAUUGCAAUGCAGGUUGUCGAUCACCCAUCUGCCACUGGGGAAAAAGAUGCAUAUAAGCAGCAAUCCAUCAGUGGUCGUUCUCAAUAUCAAGACACCGGCAGCCGAAUGGCAAAAGGCAGCGGUUCUCGAACCACAUUUGCUUCACCAAGUGUGGAUGGGAGUGGUGGCGAUUUAGGCCCGGCAGUCGCUGAAUACGAGACAGUCCAAGGUCAGACCAGAAGAUCGCCCACCGCCCAACUACACUCAGGACCCCACGAGUUUCUUAAAACUCACCCUUCCGAGAGGGUGAUCAACCAGGAAAGUGUUCAAGGCCUUGGACAGAGAGUUGCAUUGAAAAUUCCCCGUAGAAAGUCCAGCAAGAAAUUGAACACAGUUUUCGCAGGGCAACUCAAAAACGGAACCCAAGUAAUAUCUCAAGCUAUUCAAAACCCUGAGACAAAUCAAGUAAGAGAAUUCACGGCAGGUCUCGAAAAGCCGUCUGAAGAAACACGACCCGACAAUAGAACCACGAAGCCGGAUCAUGCCCAUACAAAUCAUCCGCCACACCGACAGCCAGCGGCCGGCGCAGACAUUCUUCCCGAGCGGGAUAUUGCUGGCAGACCUUUACACACAGAGCAUAGUAUUAGCCUUCGCCGGCGAUCGCACGUCAGCCUAAGAGGAGCUCAAGGAUUUAGUCUUGCAAAGUCACAUAAGCGGCAACCCAUUGCUCGAGACUAG